AUGCUGCCUGAACUACUCCUCGCCGGAGAACCGAGACUGUUGCUGCACGCAGCUAUCGGCAUAACCAUCGUCCUCCUUUUCCACCAACUGGUGCUGACAGACUCACGCGAGCAUCGUCAGUUCUGGAAGACGCAGCCAUGGGUAGGCGUUCGCGUCGAGUGGUUUUCCAGAUUCCGGGCCUCGCUGCGCACUAUCCGCGGCAUCCGGCAGAUGCUGGAGGAGGGCUAUGAGAAGGGCCGGGCGUUCGUGCUGCCCACCAUUGCGGAAGCACCCUGGGUCGUCCUGCCACCGAGCAGCAUGCGCGAGCUGCUGGCCAAAUCGGACCGAGAGCUGGACCAUGAGAUCAUCCAUGCCGAUCAACUGCAGCACUACUACACCCAGGGCCCGCUGGGAUGGCACGCAGUGCAGGUGCCACUGCAGUUCGACCUGGUGCGCCGGCAGCUGACGCGCCAGCUGCCGCUGGUCCUGCCCAUCAUGGCAGAUGAGGUCGACCGCAGCUUCCGGCAGUACUGGGGCACGCGGCACACGGCGUCCACGGAGGUCAAGGUGAAGGUAUUCGAAACGUGCACGCAGAUCGUCACCCGCGUGGCCAACCGCGUCUUCGCCGGCCCGGACAUCUGCCGCAAUGAGGACUUCCUGCACCACUCGCGCCAGUAUUCUGAGAGCGUUGACGGACUCCAAUGGCUCCUCGAGGAGUGCGUGAAACGCGACGACCCGCGCGAGAUCGACCCGCGGCUGAUCACGCAGCGCCUGCUGAUGCUGAACUUCGUGGCCAUCGAAACCAUGGCCAUGUCCAUCACCCACACGGUGAUCGACCUGUACUCUGCCCCGGAUUGUGCGACCUUCGUGGCGCAGCUCCGCGAGGAAUGCGAGCGCGUCUGGCGCGAAGAGAACCAAUCGUCCCAGCCACCGCCUCAGCCACAUCCAGACCAAUGGACCAAAGCCGGCCUGGACCGACUGGUGCGCGUGGACUCGACGAUCCGGGAAUCAAUGCGCGUCUCAGACCUCUCGUACAUCGCGGUGCCGCGGAUGGUGGCGCCAGCCGCGGGACUGGACUUCGACCAGGGGCUGCUGCAUCUCCCGCGGGGCGUGCGCGUGUGUGUGCCGGCGCAUGCCAUCCACCGCGACCCGCUCAACUACGCCGAUCCAUUGACCUUCCAUCCCUUUCGAUUUAGUGAUUUGGAGGAGAACCGCAAGAAAGCGCUGUCGAUCGCGACGACGACCGAUGCCUUCUUGGUGUUUGGGCACGGGCGGCAUGCUUGCCCGGGACGGUUCUUCGCGGCCCAGACGAUGAAGCUCAUGCUGGCGUAUCUGGUGCGGCACUAUGAGGUGGAGCCGAUCGAUCAGGGGCCGGAGAAGGAGGUGCAGGUUGGCACGGCGAGGCCGAGUGCACAGCUCUGUCUGCGUGUGCGUCGGCGGGACUGA